AUGCCUCUCAUUUGCGCAAGGCCGCUCGGCCGGUUAGUGCCCAAGCUCGGCUCAUCACUACGACCAGUUCUCUCCUCAGCAGCUGCAGCUUCUCUUGCUGCUUCUCCCCGACGCCCUGUUGGCAUUGCCCUCCAGCACUUGGGCACCGAGUCUUGGAAGAGAUUCUACGCCGACCACAAGCUAGACCUCCUCGCCCUCGACCAAAAAUGGCGCCAGAAAUGGGCCGAAUCGAGCCGUGAGAAGGGCGCAAAGAAGGAUGACGAAAAGAACAAAUAUGUUCUCCCUAUGUUUCCCUAUCCGUCGGGCUAUCUACACCUCGGCCACCUCAGAGUCUACACCAUUGCCGAUGUGAUUGCGAGGUUCCAGACUCUCCAGGGCCACAAGGUCCUGUUGCCCAUGGGUUGGGAUGCCUUUGGACUGCCAGCUGAGAAUGCUGCCAUUGAGAGAGGCAUUAACCCGGCCACUUGGACCAAGGCCAAUAUCGCCAAGAUGAAGGAGCAGCUGGAUGUCAUGAACGGCUCAUGGGACUGGGACUGCGAACUUGCUACAUGCGAUCCCGACUUCUACAAGCAUACGCAAAAGAUCUUCCUCGCUCUCCAUGAGAAGGGUCUCGCUUAUCAGGCGGAAGCCGAGGUCAACUAUGACCCUGUCGACAAGACGGUGCUUGCUAACGAGCAAGUUGAUGCCAACGGGCGCUCAUGGAGGUCCGGUGCCAAGGUCGAGAAGCGCAAGCUGAAGCAGUGGUUCCUCAAGAUCUCUGAGUUCCGUGAGUCCCUGCUCAAAGACCUCGACACGCUGGCCAAGGACGAGGCGUGGCCCGAGAGAGUUCUGGCCAUGCAAAAGAACUGGCUGGGCAAGUCCAGGGGCGCUACUGUCAAGUUUCCCGUCCUGGCUUUUGGUCAGGGCACUCACUCUGCCAUCGAGGUGUUCACCAGCCGUCCUGAUACCCUCUUUGGUGUCCAGUACAUUGCCCUCGCUGCUACUCACCCCUCUAUUCAGCAACUGGCAAAGAGCGACCCCGAACUUCAGGCCUUCCUCACCACAUUGCCCGGACUCCCUCCUGAUUCCAAGGUUGGAUACCUACUCCCUCACAUCCGUGCCGUCAACCCUUUGGCCUAUCACGAAGAUACACCUGCGGACACCAAGGUCUCUCUUCCCAUCUAUGUGGCACCAUAUGUUCUUGGUGACUAUGGUGAGGGUGCCGUUAUGGGUGUGCCUGGUCAUGAUCUCAGAGACCAUGCUUUCUGGAAGGAACACCAUUACGACGUACCUGUUCGCUUCGUCCUAGCGGCUUCCGAAGACGAGACCACGACUUCCAUGCCCAACGAGCCAUUCACCGAACACGGCGUUAUGAACGCCAACAGCGGUAUCUUUAAGGGCAAGUCGUCCAAGGAGGCCGGUGAGAUGCUAGUCAAGCUACUCGAGCCCGCUGGUCUCGCCAAGGAGACCGAGAAGUGGCGUCUGCGUGACUGGCUGAUCAGCCGUCAGAGAUACUGGGGCACACCCAUUCCCAUUGUGCACUGCGGCUCCUGCGGCACCGUCCCCGUCCCCGACGAGCAGCUCCCCGUCGUGCUUCCCGAAGUUGACGAGCACUGGGCUGGCAAGAAGACCGGCAACCCGCUCGAGUCCCAGACUGAGUGGAUCAACACCUCCUGCCCCAAGUGCGGCGGCGAGGCCAAGCGCGACACUGAUACCAUGGACACCUUUGUCGACUCCAGCUGGUACUAUAUGCGCUUCAUCGACGCCCACAACAAGGAGGCACCUUUCUCACCCGAGAAGGCCAAGGCUCUCACGCCUGUUGAUCUCUACAUCGGCGGUGUCGAGCACGCCAUUCUUCAUCUACUCUACUCGCGCUUCAUCUACAAGUUCCUCAUGACCUCCUCCUCCUUCGGCGGCAAGGAAUCCGAAGCCACGUCCGAAGGUGCCGAGUCCGAAACCACCGAAGAAGUCUACGAGCCAUUCAAGCGUCUCAUCACCCAAGGCAUGGUGCACGGCAAGACCUACACCGACCCCGCCACAGGCCGCUUCCUCAAGCCGGACGAGGUCGACCUCAGCAACCCGAGCCAGCCCAAGGUUGUCGCCACGGGCGCCAUCGCCAGCGUCAGCUACGAGAAGAUGUCCAAGUCCAAGCACAACGGCGUGGACCCGACGGCCUUCAUCGCGCAGUACGGCGCCGACGCCACGCGCGCGCACAUGUUGUUCCAAGCGCCCGUCAGCGAGAUUCUGGACUGGGACGAGAACAAGAUUACUGGCGUGACGAGGUGGUUGAGUCGUGUUUAUGAUCUUGUUCAGAAGACCGCUGCUGCUUCUUCUACCGCGUCCGAAUCUUCCGUUAGCAGCACCAGCACCAGCAGCGUCAAGACCUUCUUCGAACAAUACCAACAGCAAAACAACCUUUCCACCGACUCGGCUGAAUACGACGCCUCCGUCACCGUCUGGCGCGAGGUCCAACGCACCAUCUCCUCCGUCACCACCUCCUACAACAAAGUGUACACGCUCAACACGGUCAUUUCGGACUUGAUGUCUUUGACCAACCUCAUCAUCAACCCUUCCUCUUCCUCCUCCACCGCCGCCUCUGCCGACGCACACCCCCUAAUCAAACACGAAGCAGUCUCCGCCCUUAUCAGACUAAUGGCGCCCAUAGCGCCCGCCUUCGCCGAAGAAUGCUGGUCCACGCUCUACCCCAACGGCACCACCUCCCUUUUCAACCCCCAAAAUAAUGAGCAGGCGGCGGCUAGAUUCCCCGUCACCGACGGGACCGAAGCCAUCCUCAAGAGCAGGAAACAGACCUGCGCGGUCCAGCUGAAUGGCAAGACCAAGUUUGUGGUGGAGAUAGGGACGCCGCCGGCUGGGUUGUUGGAGAAGGGUAAGGACGCUGAAGAGAAGUUAAGGGAGUUUAUUGUCGGUGAGGUGUUGAGGACGGAGGAAGGAAGGGCUAAGCUGGAAGGACGCGGGGUAGAUGUGAACAAGGCGAAGAAGGUUAUUGUUGUUAGGGGGGGGAGGAGGAGGAGGAGGAGGAGGAGGAGGAGAAUGAGGGAUGCUCUCUUGCCGUCCGUCUCAAACAGACGGGAUCUACGGAGCAGUCUGGGGUUUGUUGAUGAUUUUACCUGA